AUGGGCUUUGCAUACAUCUAUCUCGGCUGGGUGGCAACCGUAGCGCUCCUGUGUUCCAUCUCGUUCCCUGCACAACAUACCAUUGCCUUGUCUCUAAACUCCGGAAGCGAUGCAGCAGAGACCUCUGGAGGAGGUUCUGAUGAUGGCAGCAGUACCUCAGACCCCGGCGAAGGACCUUCCAGCAGCACUCACAAACGGGAACGAUCGGAGGGGGAAAGUAGUGAUGACGAGAAGGCCUCCCGGUCUAAGAAGAGGAAGAUGCUCAAAAAGAAGAUUAAAAAGGUUCCUGAGAAACUAAAAGGCAAGAAGAAACAAGCAGGGGGCUGGAACCCCGACGAUGAAACUGUUAGUAGUAGAAUGGAUGAGAUACAUCUUGCACCAUACUUCGUACUUCCCGAUGGAAGUCCAGAGACCACCGGGAGCUCUGCACCAUCCUUGCCUACUGGGGCCUCAGGUAGUAGCUCUGGUAUGCCAACUCAGGAGGCUGCUGUUGGCAGACACAAACAUUCUCCAAGCCCUCCUACUACUAGCCAGUCUGUUAUAGCCCCACCUAAGCCUCCUGAACCUACUCAGGGUGCACCAUACUUCGGGCCAUCAUCAAAGAAAACGCCUCUAGAAGUGUCGACCCCACUGGCCAUGCCUACAAGCCCGACUUCAAUUUCAGAGGGGGCUUCAUCGGACUCUAAGAUAGACUCAAGCAGUGGGAGUGACACAGAGACCAGUGAAAGCAGUGAUUCGGAGGGCACUUCACAAGGAGAUGCUUCACAAGCUCCAUCACCACAACGCCCCGGAUCUCCAUCAGGUAUCCAAAAGGGCCUAGUACCCGACCUCCUCCUUUUGCUUGCCCCUGCGUUGCCCUCGUCACGCUAA